UUGAAUUCAGAUUUCGAAUCGGGCGGUUGUGUCGCGCAUCGAUCGCAGUUUCAAAUUUGUCCCGCGGGCUGCUAUUCGGCAAUAAAGCGAUCUGAGUGAACGAAAAUACGUAUCCCGGCUUAUUUAAUCCAAUUAAGCUACUUAAAUUCGCCAAAGUGUACAAAUCACAACGAAAUACCAUCGAAAAGUGCCUUGUUUUACCAAGAGUUGGUAGGACGCAUACCAACACAAGGGACCGAAGCAAUCGCACACGAAUGCGCGCGCUUUUUAGUGUGCGUGUAACCACUUUUUUACCUGGUCUUACCUGUUUGCGGAGCGAAAGAGAGGGGCUAGAAAGAGAGUGCCGAAGCGGAUGAGUGAAAGAUAAAAGUGAACCAAAUAUCAGGCAGCUGCACCGGAGUCGGAAAAAUCAGUAUUUCAAUAGGCUCGCGCACUGUACGCGUUCGUUAUAAUUUCGAUUGAUAGUUGAUAAUUAGUCGGUUGCCAUGAAAAUGCACUCCAAACAAACAACGGCACACUGAGAGAAACGAGAAGAGUGCAAAUAGAAUAGAAGUAGAAGUGGCAAUACAAACAGAGCACGUAAAAGUAAAAGGCGUGUCUAAGUGUGAGUGAAUAAUACUGGGUGAUUCACAAAGAAGUGCUCAAAAGUGAUCCGGCUGAAAAAGAGAGCUAGAGAUGGCGGAUCGCCGCUAGAGGAAACAUGCCCACCACUGUCCAUCGAUUGUCCAGUAGCGCCCUCUGCAUCAGAAUGUCGGUAAUCCAGGAGGCCGGCCAGCCCAAUCCCGCCCAGCAACAGACGCACCAACAGCACAAGCGGAAAUGCCGCGACCUCGGCCGACGACUAAUCCCCGCGAGACUCCUUUGGGGCGUCCUUGUAGCGCUCAGUGUCCUGUCACCCGCCCUCGCACUCCAAUCACCGCCGGACAAGAACUUCUCCGGUGACAACCGCAAGCCUGCCUUCAAAAACUGCGCCGGAUACGCUCCAAAGGUCAAGGAGGAGCAACCGGAAAACACAUACGUGCUCACCGUGGAGGCCGUCGAUCCGGAUCCGGACCAGGUUAUCCGAUACAGCAUCGUUCAGUCGCCCUUCGAGCGACCCAAGUUCUUCAUUAAUCCCUCCUCCGGCGUGAUCUCCACCACCCACACCUUCGAUCGUGAUGAACCCAUCCACGAGAAGUUCGUGUUCGUCACCGUCCAGGCCACGGACAAUGGUCUGCCGGCGCUGGACGACGUCUGCACCUUCAACGUGACCAUCGAGGACAUCAACGACAACGCUCCGGCGUUCAACAAGGCGCGCUAUGACGAGUCCAUGUCGGAAAAUGCUCAGCCCGACGCGGUGGUGAUGACAAUAAGUGCCAGCGAUUUCGACGAUGGAAACAACAGUUUAGUCGAGUACGAGAUUCUGCGGGAGCGCGACUUCCAGUACUUCAAGAUCGACAAGGAAUCGGGCAUUAUCUAUCUGAAACGAUCGAUUGACAAGCGACCCGGGCAGUCGUAUGCGAUUAUAGUGCGGGCCUAUAACGUUGUGCCCGAUCCGCCGCAGGAUGCGCAGAUUGAGGUGCGCAUCCGGGUGGUGGAGUCCUCCAUCAAGCCACCGUCCUUCGUGGAUCCCAUCGACACACCCAUCUACCUGAAGGAGAAUCUCAAGAACUUCACACAUCCCAUAGCCACUUUAAGGGCGGUUUCUAACAUGCCGGAUAAACCGGAGGUGAUCUUCGAACUGAACACCGGCCGUACAGAGCAGACGAACAGCAAGAACACCUUCGUUUUCAAUCAGAUCGGCAACGAAGUGACCAUUAGCUUGGGCAAGACACUGGAUUACGAAGCCAUCACCGACUACACACUCACCAUGAUUGUGCGCAACACACACGAGUUGGGCACAGAGCAUCAGAUCAAGAUCCAGGUGGAGGAUGUCAACGAUAAUAUUCCCUACUACACGGAGGUUAAGUCGGGUACAAUCCUCGAAAAUGAGCCACCGGGCACGCCUGUGAUGCAGGUUCGAGCCUUCGACAUGGACGGCACGGCGGCCAAUAACAUCGUUUCCUUCGAGUUGGCCGACAACCGAGAGUACUUUACCAUCGAUCCCAAUACGGGUAACAUCACCGCACGGACAACUUUCGAUCGCGAGGAGCGUGAUUUCUACAACGUUAAAGUUAUUGCGAGCGACAAUUCACCUUCCAGUCUGUUUGACAAUGGCGAGCCCAAUCGGGGUCACCAGGUGUUCCGCAUCUCCAUUGGCGACAAGAACGAUCACAAGCCGCACUUCCAGCAGGACAAAUAUCUGGCGGAGAGGCUGCUCGAAGAUGCCAACACCAACACGGAGGUUAUCGAGGUGAAAGCCGAGGACGAGGACAACGCCUCGCAGAUCCUGUACAGCAUCGAGAGCGGCAACGUGGGUGACGCCUUCAAGAUUGGUCUGAAAACUGGCAAGAUUACUGUCAACCAGAAGCUGGAUUACGAAACAAUCACGGAGUACGAACUGAAGGUGCGGGCCUUUGACGGAAUCUACGACGAUUACACCACGGUGGUGAUUAAGAUCGAGGACGUGAACGACAACCCGCCGGUGUUCAAGCAGGACUAUAGCGUAACCAUUCUGGAGGAGACCACCUAUGACAACUGCAUCCUCACCGUGGAGGCCUACGAUCCCGACAUCAAGGAUCGCAACGCCGAUCAGCAUAUUGUCUAUUCGAUUCACCAGAACGAGGGCAAUCGCUGGACCAUCGAUAACAGUGGCUGUCUGCGAUUGGUUAAGACUCUGGACCGCGAUCCGCCCAACGGUCACAAGCACUGGCAGGUUCUGAUCAAAGCCAACGACGAGGAUGGUGUAGGCACCACGGUCAGCAAGCUGAAGGAGGUCACCGUCACGCUGAAGGACAUCAACGACAACGCUCCGUUCCUGAUCAACGAAAUGCCCGUUUACUGGCAGGAGAACCGCAAUCCCGGCCUGGUGGUGCAGCUGCAGGCCAACGACUAUGACGACUCCCCGGGUGCGGGCAACUUCACCUUCGGCAUCGACAGCGAGGCCUCGCCGGACAUCAAGACCAAGUUCAGCAUGGACGGGGACUUCUUGCACGCCAACGUGCAGUUCGAUCGGGAGGCCCAAAAGGAGUACUUCAUCCCCAUUCGCAUCAGUGACUCCGGUGUUCCGCGUCAGAGUGCGGUGAGCAUUUUGCACCUGGUGAUCGGCGACCUGAACGACAAUGCAAUGAGCGAGGGUUCGUCGCGCAUCUUCAUCUACAACUACAAGGGAGAGGCACCGGAAACGGACAUUGGUCGCGUGUUUGUGGACGAUCUGGAUGACUGGGAUCUGGAGGACAAGUACUUCGAGUGGAAGGACCUGCCGCACGACCAGUUCCGACUGAAUCCCAGUACGGGAAUGAUCACCAUGCUGACCCACACCGAAGAGGGGGAGUACUACCUGCAGUUCAGGGUGACCGAGGAGUCCAUGUUCGUGCCCCGUCACUCCGUGGACGCGGAUGUCACCGUGGUGGUGCGGGUGCUGCCCGAGGAGGCGGUGGACAAGAGCGGCAGCAUUCGGUUCAUCAACGUUACCAAGGAGGAGUUCAUCAGCGUGCCGCGUGACUUCCAGUCGCCGGAGGGAUAUUCGCUCAAGGAUCGCCUGCAGCACUCGCUGGCCAAGCUGUUCAACACUUCGGUGACCAAUGUGGACGUAUUCACGGUGCUGCAGAACGAGAACCACACCCUCGACGUGCGCUACUCUGCCCACGGUUCACCCUACUAUGCUCCGGAGAAGCUAAACGGCAUUGUGGCCCAAAACCAGCAAAAGUUGGAGAAUGAACUGGACCUGCAGAUGCUGAUGGUGAACAUCGACGAGUGCCUCAUCGAGCGCUUCAAGUGCGAGGAGUCGUGCACCAACGAGCUGCACAAGAGCUCGGUGCCGUACAUGAUCUACUCGAACACCACCUCCUUCGUGGGCGUAAAUGCCUUUGUUCAAGCGCAGUGCGUCUGCGAGGCUCCUCUUAUGCGACGCUGCCUGAAUGGAGGAUCUCCGCGGUUCGGGGAGAACGAUGUGUGCGACUGCAUUGACGGAUUCACUGGACCCCACUGCGAACUCGUAUCGGUGGCCUUCUACGGCAGUGGGUAUGCCUUCUACGAACCCAUUGCAGCGUGCAAUAACACCAAGAUCAGCCUGGAAAUUACUCCCCAAAUCGAUAGUGGUUUGAUUCUGUACCUGGGACCGCUGAACUUCAAUCCGCUGCUGGCGAUCUCUGACUUCCUCGCCCUCGAGCUGGACGAUGGCUAUCCGGUGCUCACUGUGGACUACGGAUCGGGUGCCAUUCGAAUCCCGCAUCAGCACAUUAAGAUGGUGCCCGAUCGCACCUACCAACUGGACAUUAUCCUGCAGCGCAAGAACGUCGAGAUGAUGGUGGACAACUGCCGGUUGUCCACGUGUCAAACUCUAGGUGCCCCCAUCGGUCCGAAUGAGUUCCUCAACGUGAAUGCCCCACUGCAGCUGGGCGGCACACCGGUGGAUCUGGAGCAACUGGGACGGCAGCUCAACUGGACGCAUGUGCCCGGCCAGAAGGGAUUCUUCGGGUGCAUUCGCAACCUGACGAUCAACGAGCAGACCUACAACCUGGGCAUGCCCUCUGUGUUCCGGAACAUCGACAGCGGUUGCCAGCAGUCCGUGGCGGUGGCCUUCAGCUUCGGCAUCGAUCGCAACUUCAUUAUCGCGAUCAUCGUCUGUCUGGCGCUGCUGCUGAUCAUCCUGCUGGCUGUUGUGGUGCAGAAGAAGCAGAAGAACGGCUGGCACGAGAAGGACAUCGACGACAUCCGCGAGACGAUCAUCAACUACGAGGACGAGGGCGGCGGCGAGCGGGACACGGACUACGAUCUGAAUGUCCUGCGCAGCCAGCCGUUCUACGAGGAGAAGCUCUACAAGGAUCCGCAUGCGCUGCAGUCGAGCAUGCGGGAUCCCAACGACAUUCCCGACAUCGCCGACUUCCUGGGCGACAAGAAGGAGAACUGCGACCGGGACGUGGGCGCCACCACGGUGGACGAUGUGCGUCACUAUGCGUACGAGGGCGACGGCAACUCCGACGGCAGUUUGUCCAGCUUGGCGUCCUGCACCGACGACGGCGAUCUCAACUUCGACUACCUGUCCAACUUCGGACCGCGCUUCCGCAAGCUGGCCGACAUGUACGGCGAGGAGCCCUCGGACACGGACUCCAAUGUGGACGACGACCAGGGCUGGCGCAUCUAGGGAUCCCCGCCAGCUGCGGUCCGAAGACGAUGACGUAGAAAUGAAAAGACUUUUUAUAUUCUAAGAGUUGUACGGAUGUUGAUAUGGUCGGAAUAAGGAGCCGGCCUAGCCGGCACCAAAGUCGAUUCAAAAGGGAGAGAGAUAUAUAUAUGGGUAAACUAUAUAUUAUAUAUAUACAUAUAUAUUUUUAUGGAGGAGUAUUGCAAGGGCCCAGGGGAACACAUUUUUGUUUUUUGUUUUUGUAAAUGCAAAAAGUGAUCUUGAUCUUACGUAAACGAACUAUAUAUUUACUAAAGCUAACACUAAUUGUAGACAAGCAACUGCGAACAAGCCACUUAGUCUGCAGAAUUGUUAAUGCUUCAAUUCUUCAGAUUGGGGGUCACACAGUUAUCGAAACGAAAAACACAUUUAAUUGUCCAGCAACAGAAAUAUUCCUACAAACAGAAUUCGAAAUCAGUAUGCAUUUUUCCAUGCAUAAGAAGAAUACAUUAUGUUAUACAAACAAUAGUUAAUAGUUUAUUUAAGACUUUAUGUUAGUCGGCCUAGACAAGACAGAUCUUCAAUUAGGAUUUGUUGAGACUUCCGAGCUAAGAGAAAUUCACACACAAAAUCAAAGGGGAACUCAAUUUGAUAAUACAAGAAGCUAUAUCUAAGUUAGCAUUAUAUCGUAAAUUAUCUAGAACUGUAAACCCUAUCAAUAUCAGUAUAACUUCUUAGGGUUGUCUUCUAGUACAUGUAUAAAUCAGUUUAACCUAAUUUAAACUCAUCGAAUCGAGGGAGUCUUACACACUUCCUGUAAUUACGAAAGUGCGCAGCUGUGUGCAGCUAUAUCCAUGUUAUAUUGUAAGAGAUAUAACGUAUACAUAAACAUAGAGACGUAUAAGUAAUUAAAGAUGUUCAAUAAAUCAAUGCGAUAUGUA